AUGGAGGAGGUGUUGAUGUCUGAUGGGACUCGGGCAUCUGACACCUGCAUCGUGAAGCAGACGAUUGCCAACAUUCGGUACUCGUUCGAGUACUUGGGGAACACGCCACGCCUGGUCGUCACGCCUCUGACGGACAAGUGCUACAUGACGCUCACGGGCGCCAUACACUUGAACUAUGGAGGUGCGCCAGCCGGUCCAGCCGGAACUGGGAAGACAGAGACUACGAAGGAUCUCGGGAAAGCCUUGGCCGUUCCUGUGAUCGUCUUCAACUGCUCCGAUGGCUUGGACUACAAGAUCAUGGGACGCUUCUUCAGCGGCCUCGCACAGGCGGGCGCCUGGGCAUGCUUCGAUGAGUUUAACCGCAUCCAGGUGGGAGACUUUACUCGGGUCAUCGCACAGCAGAUGCUGACUGUUACCCAUGCCAUCCGAGCGCGAAAGGAAACUUUUGAGUUUGUCGGCCGCGAGAUCCCUCUGAACCCGCGUUUCGGGGUCUUCAUCACCAUGAACCCCGGCUAUGCGGGCCGAGCUGAAUUGCCGGACAAUCUCAAGUCCCUCUUCCGACCUGUGGCUAUGAUGGUGCCAGACUAUUGCCUCAUUGCGGAGAUCAUCCUCUACUCUGAGGGCUUUGGAAGUGCCACCGCGCUUGCGCGGAAGAUGGUGAACCUCUACAGCUUGUCCAGCGAGCAGCUCUCAAAGCAGGACCACUACGACUUUGGCAUGCGUGCGGUCAAGUCAGUCCUGGUCAUGGCUGGCCAGCUGAAGCGCAAGUACCCCACGCUAGUGGAGGAUGUGACGCUAAUCCGUGCUCUGCGAGACUCAAAUGUGCCAAAGUUCUUGUCCUUCGACCUCCCACUCUUCUUUGGAAUUAUCAGCGAUCUCUACCCUGAAGUCGAUGUGCCGUAUGCCCCGGGCUUGGGAACCGCUCGUUUGGUAGACUACGGAAGCCUGCAGAAGGAGAUCGAGAAUCAGCUGCGACUCUCCAAGCUGCAGGUGGUGCCCUCCUUCGUCGGUAAGAUCAUCCAGCUUCUGGAGACGCAGCUGGUGCGCCACGGCGUAAUGGUGGUUGGCCACACCUUCAUCGGCAAGUCAACCAACAUUCAGAUCCUCUCCAAGGCACUCUCAAAGCUGCGGCAGGACCUCACACCGCCAGGGGUUCCGGAUGGCUUCCGCGCAGGCAUGGCUGUUGGGGGUGGGUCCUCGGGUGAGCUCGUGGUUGCCAGUGCAGAGAAAGUGCACUUUUUGCCAAGCACGUUCUGUGACGCAGGUCGAAUCCAGGCAGCUACGACAUCCAGGGGUCGUUUUCGCAAAGACAUCCAAGAGGACGAGAGGCUAACGUUUGGGAAGCACAAUGGCCUGACUUUCCGGGAAGCCUUGCAGAAGGACCCCGGCUAUGCGUUGUGGUGCUCUGAGCAGCCAGAGGCAAGUUUGGGCAUGCGACGCUUCGUCCAGUAUGCAGAGGAUCAGGGCGCUGUUGUUGCCCCAGCCCCAAAGAAGCAGAAGACUUCCGUUGCCAAAGUCUCGGCGGAAGAUAGCUUGACAAGCUCUGACUCUCAGGGUGCCUUCCCCGCGCCUGGUGCCCUGUCUGCGUCUUUGGAUGGAUUUACAUUUCAGCCGCAGCCGUCGCCUGUGCGUGGGUCGCAAUACUUCAGGCCGUCGGGAGAGCCUCGGCGAGCUGAGCCCCCACCGCAGCUUUGCGCCGCUCCAGCCGCUGUGCCACCAGCUACGCCCACAGGUGGCCAAGCAUGGCCACCACAACAGAGUUUUUUUGUUCCAGAACGUCCAGUGCAGGAAAUGCAUGGGCAGCAGACCCCAGCUCCCGCAGCGUGCGAAAUGCGCCCGCAGCAAUUUUCAGGAGUUUCGCAGCUUCCUCCCCCACAGCACACGUCCAACUUCCAGUCCUCGCUGCAUUCGCAGCAAAUGCCCGAAACAUCUUUCCACCCCGCCCUCAUGCUGCAGCGGCCACCGCAGCAGCAGCAACAGCAUAAUCCUUAUGCCCAGCUAGCACAACAGCAACAAAUUCCAUCGCAGUCGUUGCAGCCGCUGCCAUUUCAUCACCAUCAACCUCAAUCCGGGCAGCCGCAACAGCUGAUGGCUUUGCAGCAGCAGCACUGUCAGACGGAGCAGCGCCCGCAGCCCUUGCAUCAGCCGCAGCAAUUUCAUCACCAGUACUUGCAGCCGCCAGAGCAACGGUGCUCGUUGCAGCAGCUGCCACCUCAGCAACAGCCGCAACACCAGCAACGCUUGCAGCCUCCGCAACACCAGCAUCUACAGCAUCAAGUGCCGGCGUCCCCCCAUCUGCCAUACUUGCAGCAGCAGCAGCAGCAGCAGCGCCAGCCACAGCAGAUCCAGCAGCCGUGGCAGCAGCAGCCGGUGCAGCAGCCGCAGCAGGUGCCACAGCCAGUGCUGCCGCAGCCGCGAUUUGCUCAGCCACAGGUGCAGCCAUUGCAGUCACAGCAACCGCCGCCACUGCCACGAACGACUCAGUCGCCAAGAGGAUCUCAGAGCCAACACUCGGCACAUCAGCAACGCCAAGCAGUUGAAGAAGCCUUGAAAGCCUUCGAUGGCACUUUCGAGGUCGAACUGCUUGGACGCGAUGGCUUCUUAGUGCGGACGUCGAAGAAGCUGCCUGCGAAGGUCUUCGCCGCAAUGCGACACUGGCCAGGUGCCAAUUCAGCAGGGAAGAGGCUUCAAUUUGAUGCCGCGUCGUACAAGAAGGUGGUGCAGCAGUUGUUGGACCUAUGUGGCCCCGAAAAGGUGCAGCUGCCUCCGAACUGGGUCCUCGCUACAGUGCCGAAUUUCCGUAGCUUUGGCAAAGUACGUGUGAGCAAAAAGGUCGCCCAUGUUCUUCUUGCCGAUGUGACGGGGAAGGUGCUGCCUGAGACUGCCGCGAGUGUUGACGGCAAUGAGGUGCUCCCAUACCAGCGCGAGGCGGUGAACUUUGCGCUCCGCCGUGGGGGGCGCGUGCUUCUGGCAGAUGAGAUGGGCUUGGGGAAGACGGCACAGGCCCUCACAUUGUGCAACCAGUUCCCUGAUGACUUCCCGUUGCUGGUGGUUUGUCCUUCAUCCCUGCGGGGCAACUGGCGUGAAGAGGCUGCCCGGUGGCUGCCAAAGUCAGUGGUGGCCAACUCGGAGCGUCACAUCCAGGUUGUGCGCAAGGGCUCAGACAAGUUGCGCCGAGAGGCGCGCGUGGUAAUUGUGAGCUACGACCUGAUCGCACGAGAGGAAACCUUCCGGCAAUCAGCUCAUGGCAAGAAGUACCGCAUGGUCAUCUGCGAUGAAGCUCACUACCUCAAGACGCCUCUGUCUCAACGGUCUCAGGCGCUCCGUCCCAUCCUCCAGCAGACUCGCAGAUGCGCAUUGCUCACAGGGACACCGGCCCUGGCGAAGGCCUCGGAGCUCUACUCCUUGCUGGACUGCCUGCUACCGGGAUUGCUGCCUGACACCCACGACCAGUUCUGUGAAAGAUAUUGCAACGAGAAGACGCUCAGAUUGGGUCGACGGCACGUGAAGCAAUGGGAAGGCAGUCGCUUGGGAGAUGAGCUUUAUGCUGUGCUGGACACUGUCAUGAUUCGGCGCUUCAAGAAGGACGUGCUGAGCCAACUUCCACCCAAGCGGAGACAGCGCGUGGUGCUGGAGAAGCUGAGCAACGAGCAAGGUGUGCUGCAAGAGCUUCGCGAGAAGAUGGGCGAAUUCCAGAGAAGCAAGGAAAUGGGCGAGCAAGGUGAGCAGGGUGGACAGGGAAAUGCCGCUGCGACGGAGCUUUUCAGGCUCACUGGCUUGGCCAAAGUCGAAGCCGUUGCGGAGUAUGUGCAAUAUCUGGUGGAGGCUCAGUGCCGCUUCCUGCUUUUCGCGCACCAUCAAGCGGUAAUGGACACUUUGCAGCAGAAGCUGGAGAAGCUGAAGACUGGAUUCAUCCGCAUCGAUGGCAAAACUCCAGCGCAUCACCGAGAUCAGUUGGUAAACGAUUUUCGCUCGAAUCCAUCGAAGCAGGUGGCACUGCUCUCCAUCACGGCUUGCGGCCAGGGGCUCAACCUCCAGGUUUGCUCCACCGUGGUCUUUGCCGAGCUGCACUGGACGCCUGGUGUGCUGCUUCAGGCGGAAGAUCGCGCGCAUCGAAUGGGCCAGCAGGAGUCUGUCAAUGUUCACUAUCUCAUCGCCAGAGACACGCUGGAUGACAGCUUGUAUCAAAUGCUGGAGCGCAAGCAGCACGAUGUCGGUGUCAUGGUCGAUGGGCAGGCCUCCAAGAUUGGUGCUGACAACGUUGGCUCAAAGGGCACCUUCACGAAGUCGACCCUCCCGCCCAAGGUGGCAGAGCCGGCAGGCGCAUCGGCGGCUGCUGAGCCCACACCGCAAGAGGCACCAAGCGGGAGCACAGACGAUCCCCGGCAGCUUCGACUAUUCUUUCCAACUCCGAGACAGGAAGCAAGCGCAGAGGAUGCCAGAGAGGAUAGCUGGGUGUCGGAGCCACCGGUGUCCAUCGACGUGGACUGA